AUGACAGAUUUGAUGAACCAAUCUCAACACAUACAAAAGGUACUUGAAAAUUUCAAUUCUGAUCAAAUUGCAAGCAAUCGAUUGCGGUUAAAGGCCUCAAUUGAUGUUGUCAAAGUGCUUGCAUUUCAAGGACUUGCUUUUAGAGGACGAGAUGAAAGUUCUGAUUCAAUUAAUCGUGGGAAUUUUCUUGAAAUAUUGGAUUUGGUGGUAUCAUAUAAUGAAUAUGUUGCAGAAGCGAUAGAGAAAGCUCCCAAAAAUGCCUCUUACAAAUCACCCAAAAUCCAAAAGGAAAUCUUACAUGUAUUUUCAAACAAGGUGAAGAAGGCAAUUCGUGAAGAAAUUGGUGAUGCAAAGUUUUGCCUAAUUGUUGAUGAAGCUCGUGAUGAGUCAAUGAAGGAGCAAAUGGCUAUUGUUAUAAGAUUUGUAGACAAAGAUGGUUUUGUUCGAGAACGUUUUUUUGGGGUGGUUCAUGUCCCCGAUACUACGGCAUUAACCCUAAAAGAUGAAAUAUAUUCUAUCUUGUCACAUCAUAGUCUAGAUAUUCAAGAUAUUCGAGGGCAAGGAUAUGAUGGUGCAAGCAAUAUGCGAGGUGAGUGGAAUGGAUUAAAAGCUUUGGUUUCAAAUGAUUGUCCAUAUGCUUACUUCAUUCAUUGUUUUGCACAUCGUUUGCAAUUAGCAUUAGUGGCAGCAUCAAAAGAAGUUAUUCUUGUUCAAAGUUUUUUUAAUAGAUUAUCAUCUAUUGUCAAUGUUGUUUGUGCUUCACGUAAGCGUACUGAGCAACUAAAAAAAGCUUAUGCUGAUCAAAUUGCAUAUUUUGUUGAAAUUGGUGAGCUUGAAACUGAAAGAGGACUUAAUCAAAUUAGCACAUUACAACGAGCUGGAGAUACUCGUUGGGGUUCUCACUUGAGAUCGAUUUCUAGCUUGGUAAAUAUAUUUAGUCCAACAUGUGAAAUUUUACUUAAGAGAUCAUCAAGGAAGGAAAUACUACUUCCCAAUGAGAAGCAGCAUACUCAUGUUAUCAUGCUAUGA